UUUCUUACUGUGCAUUUGUUUCUGCAUUGUAAUGGUAAUGGGAACUGUUAUUAAGUUUUCGUGUUCCUUUUUAUGUGGAUUGCGAACAUUUUUAUCUCCAAACUUGAAUCAGUUUAUCUCACGAUCGAGAAUUACCGCCAUUAAUACAUCAUUUGACGCUUUUCGGGGACUGUCGACAGCUCGUCAACAAGCCGUAGAAAUGACCGGCGAUCCAGGAAUUAGCAACGUUGUUAAGUGGAGUAAAGACAGCGCGAAAGAAAACGAGGUGAUACAGCGGGCCGUCAACGCUUUACAGAAAGGAAAACUGAUUGCUGUUCCUACCGAUACGAUUUACGGGAUUGCCGGUCUCGCUCAGAAUUCGUGUGCCGUUAGUCAGAUCUAUAAAGUUAAAGGACGAGAUCCUUCGAAGCCCAUUGCAAUCUGCGUGGACUGCGUCGAAGCCGUCAGCAGGUGGGCCAAAACGGAUAUGCUUCCGGAAAAAUUCCUUAACAGUUUUUUCCCUGGUCCCGUGACCGGUGUUUUCGAAAGACAACCGUCCCUGAAUCCUGAAUUGAAUCCCGAAACCAGUAUUAUUGGAGUGCGCAUUCCUGAUCAUUCCUUUAUUCGACGGUUGGCGGAAGCCUGUGGUGAACCGAUUGCGCUGACCAGUGCGAAUAAAAGCGGCGGCGAAAGCUCACUGAUUAUUGAAGAAUUCAAGUACUUAUGGCCGCAUCUGGAUUUGGUCGUAGAUGCCGGUUGUUUAGCUCCAGACACGAUAUCCAAACAGACCGCACGAUUAGGUUCUACCGUGGUUGAUCUGAGUAAACCUGGAUUCUUUCGCAUCAUUAGGCCGGGCAGCGCAUACGACACCACCGUUCGUCUGCUACAGUUAUAUGGAGUAAAAGAAUUCAAAGAUUAUGAAUGAAUCAGAUCGCUUGAUUUUGGAAAGGUUCAUUGAUGCACAAAUUAGAAGGAACAGUUAACGAAGAUCCAUGCCCCAUCCGCCCAAAAAACAGGCAGUGCCUGGGCAGUUCGAAUCUUUUAGAAAUGGAGAAACAAACAAGAUCAUUAUCGUUCGGGCUCCAGAUUUCCUUCGUUACUAACGAGAUCGUCUUCGCCAAACUUGCUCUUGUAGGCAGCCUCCUUUGCCGGCUGGGCGAGCUAAAAAAGUUUGGGUACGUUAAAACGAAAAAACAAACUACUACCAAGUGUUACCAACAAUUAUUACGACCACUGAAGUGUACACUGUAACACACUGCGCAAGGUUAUUUUUGAAAAAAAAAUCGUACAUUUUGAAAAUUCAACUAAUUCAACCGACAUUUUAGAAAUAAAAACUUUCGAGCAAAUCCAUUUUUCGCUUAUUGGCUUACAGCAUUAUGGAUAUAACAAUCGCACGCGAAGCACCAAACUGACAAAUCUGCCACGCUGAGAGCUAUAGUAUGGCCGCUGGUUUCGUUGUGGUCUUUCAUAUGGCCAUUAACGUAGCGGCUACAAAACACCUGUGGAAUAAAAUUCGGUCAAAUCUUGGACUGCCCCACGAGAAUCUCUUCAAUUUACUUACGAGUAACAAAAAGUACCGAGAAAAUCAGAACAGAAAGAAAAAUAUAUUUUUGCUUAAGUAAAAAUUCGAAACGUUAUCGAGUAAGAGUGUACGGCACUGUGAAGUGUGAACAAUCGGCAAACCGCCAUACUGUUUGAACUGUACACUGUACAGCGUGCGCGCACCUUGUAGCAGUGAAGACAAACCCAGUUCUCCCGCGCAUCUUCACAAACAGAGCAGUUUGCUGCCGCAUCUAUCCCGGCAUCGGAAACUGGCUUUAUGUUUCCUUCCAAGUGUUCGCACCACGGUUUUGGAAUUACUCCGUAAAAUUUUAUCUGACGAUGAAAACAUGAGAGUAAUAAGUCUCGCCUAAGUAUAAUCAGUUUGAAGUGGCUUGCCGCUUAUCAUAAGCCAUUAGGACGACAGCAUGAUUGCUGAUUCAUUUAUAAUAUAACAAGAGCUCGAAUUUGAACUCAACAUCUGCGGUGAUACCAAUACCAUGUAAAUAAGGUAGAAUUUACGAAUAGUAAAACUGUAAAAUGCAGUAGAUACUAAGAAAAAAGCAGAACUACCUGGUCAGAAUCUGUGGAACCCGGGUCGCCUCCAUUGCUACUUGAUGCCCCCUGUUCAGCUUGCAUGUCAGAAAUAAAUAUGUAACCUAGGCCGACUAAACUGCUCUGUGGCGCUCGGCUCGUUGCCCUACGAAAAAAAGACGGAGGCCUGCGCCCAAUCGCCGUCGGAAACGUAUACCGUCGCAUUGCUGCCAAGGCGGUGGAUACCCGAAUUCGAUCUGUAACAUCGGAGAUCCUUCGACCACAUCAGCUCGGUUCCGGGGUAAAGAAGGGUGUUGAAGGAAUUAUCCACGCAGCACGAGACUUUUUGCUUCAGUACAGCAGUGGCGUUAAAGCACUUCUCAAAAUUGAUUUUACGAACGCCUUCAAUUGCGUGUCCCGGGAGGAAGUAUUACGGAUAACAGCCGAAGUCAUCCCGGAAUAUUACGCCUUUGUGAAAAUGUGUUACGGGACACAUUCCUCCCUGUUUCUAGAAGAAACGGUUAUUUCCUCCCAGUCCGGCGUGCAGCAAGGCGAUCCUCUCGGGCCCGUUUUGUUUUGUUUGGUUCUGCAGUUCAUCGUCAACAAACUUAAUGCCUACCUGAACGCGUGGUACAUGGACGAUGGGACAUUAGGAGGGACACCGUUAGAAGUGAUCCGUAACUUCCAGCUGCUGAUUCUGGAAGCUAAAAAAAUCGGCCUGGAAGUCAACAUUGCGAAGUGCGAAGUGUUCUUUUGCGGGGGCAGUGAAACACAGCGCACAUCAGCCGCUAACGAUUUCUGCAGCUUAUUUCCUGGAAUCGCUGUAGUAACAGCCGAUAAAUUAACCUUACUCGGAUCCCCUCUUCUACCAGCCGCCGUAAUUCCGAUGAUCAAUGAGAAAAUCAGCCAGUUGGAAAUUAUGAGCGGCCGCUUGCAGCUAAUCCCUAAACACCAGGCGCUAUUCCUGUUGAAAAAUUGCCUUGGAGUGCCGAAAAUAGUGCAUAUCCUACGCACCUCUCUCGCAUGGAUGUUCCCACAAGAGCUGUACAGACUGGACCAGGUAUUUCGCGAGGCUGUGGAGACGAUUACCAACGUAAAGAUGGACCACCCAACAUGGCUCCAGGCAUCCCUUCCAGUUCGUUUCGGGGGUUUGGGGAUCAGGCGCACUGAGAAGCUAGCUCCUUCUGCCUACCUGGCAUCGGCUUCCUCGCUGCGACCACUGAUUUCCAGACUUUGUCCCACACUGAAGGAAACGGAUGUCAUCACAGCCACGCGCGCCUGGAAGUUAGAAGCUGACACCGACGAACUUCCACCGGAAGCUUUCCGCCACGUCCAGAAAGCAUGGGACACUCUCACAACCCUGCAGGCUUUUUCAAGACUUACCGCACUACGGACAUCCCAGGAGGAAGUUGCCCAUCUAAAGGCGGUAUCAGUCCCGGAAGCAGGCGUGUGGAUCCAUGCAUUGCCGGCAGCCUGCCUCGGUAAUCUGUUAGAUGACAACGCUUUUCGCAUAAGUGUCGCACUGCGUCUGGGAGCUCCGAUCGUCACUCCACACGUAUGCGUUUGUGGUGGGCUGGUCGACGAGUUCGGCCGGCACGGACUUCGUUGUAAGCGAUCUGCCGGGAGAUUGCCACGACACGACGGAAUCAGCGCGGAAUUCACUCGGGGCCUGAAAUCAGCUGGCUUUCCUUCGAGAAUGGAACCAAAAGGUCUAUCCCUGAAAGAUAAGAAAAGGCCGGAUGUGAUCACCCUCAUUCCGUGGAAGCGCGGAAAACCGCUGGCAGUGGAUGUGACCUGCGUGGACACGCUGGCGGCCUCGUACAUCGAACGCACUUCCGUGAACGCCGGCGCAGCAGCCGAACUUGCUGAAAGAAAGAAACUAGCGAAACACGCUUGGAUGCAAACAAGAUACGAUUUCGUUGCUGCAGCCUUCGAAAUUUAUGGACCUUUUGGAGACGGUACUAAAAAGCUAGUAGAAACGGUUGGAAACGGUAUAGCGACUUCAACUGGCCAAAAGCGGGCGAAAGAGUUUUUUAAACAGCGAAUAUCUAUGCAAAUACAGCGGGGAAACGCGAUUUGUGUAAUGGGUACGAUCCCCGAUCAGGAUAGCAUAGAGGAAGUGUUUCUUUUGUAAACGCUGUUUUGUUUUGUUCUGGUGCAUAGUUUGUACUCGUACCAUGAUACUUAUUAAAGGUUCAUGUGCAGUAA